AUGGCUAGCCAUCCCAAGAAACCCGAUACCGCCGUCUCUCACCCGCAAGAGGCCAAGAAGCGAGAUCGAGAGGAAGGCUCGACCGAACAUGACCAGCAGAUCAUCAAGAAACUGAAGCAAGAGCUGCAAGACGCUCGUACCGAGUUGACCGAUGUUCAUGAUGAGCUAAAAGAGGCUCGUGACCUAAAUGAACGUAACAUUAAGGCCCGACGCAGUUUCGAGAAUUCUGACACAGAAUUGCGACGACAAUUCUUCGAUCUCCGAACCAGCAUCCGGGAAUUCACCAAGGCACGAUGCGGCGAAAGCAUCCAAAUCAAAGUACCAAGUCUACUUUCUAAGGAAACCGAGGGUGCCUUAGGACGGGUAUCAGGUAUCCCUUUCCGUCGGUUGCUCCAAAGCCAGAUCCAUUCACGCCUCUUCAUCGAAGCCGUCAUGUGGCGUAUUCUCUGCGAUACCAUCCUGGAUAACCCAUUCGUCAUUUGGGGAAGCGAGAAGAAGUUUGGAGAAAGCAUCGCUGCGAUACAGAAAGGCGAGCUCGGCGGCUCAGCAGAGUGCCGCAAUUUCUGGCGAGCUUGUACCGCAACACUAAUUUACGAGACGGCACCCAAUAAGACGCGCAUGAGGAGAAUUUUGAGAUUUCUGUUUACCCGGAUCGAGCCCUUCGUCCUGGAAGAGCACAAAGCGGCCAAGGCAGAGGUUUACAAAAUCGUUGACGAAGCAGUCGAGCUAGCACGUAACCUGGCCAGUUCCGAGUCGCAAUACGAUAUGCGAAGAAAGGAGCCCCAGACCCUCGAUACCGACUCGCAACCCUUCAACGAGACAUGGAUGGAAAUAUUGGAGAAGAGCGCCAGCAACUACGAUGAUAUUGACUUCCUGAUUUCUCCUGCCUUGGUCCAGUGUGGAAAUGUCAAAGGAACGGACAUGGAGCGCGUCUACGUCAAGGUCAAGGCUGAAGUAUGCUACCGCAAGGGAAGACACAUGCUGGAGGACCAAGCUUUAACAGAGGAUGAUCCACUUAAGCCACCCGUUGUACAGAACCCAUUCGCUGACGCCAUCGUCCCCAAGGAAGAGAGGAAAGACAUCGCUAGUCGCAAGAAGGACAAGGACAUCGCAGAUGAAGCCAAGCUACUAGAGGCCAUCGGAGACGACCCCGGCGAAGAGUCCGAAAGAAGACAACACUGGUUACGUGGCUGA